UCAACAACCGAACUGUUAUCACUUCAAUGCAAAAGUGUAUUACAUUCAAAAAUUGAAUUGAUUUAAGAAAACAGUCGUAAACUGGAUUCCCUCAUCGACAGAUUGCGUUAACAUUUGUUUUUAUACUGAUAUUGUGCGGAUAUUCUCAUAUCGAUGUUCAUCAGUUAAUUAUUUGUGCUGUGUCUGUGAAGCAGAUUUCGAAACACUGACCGCAAUAAAAAAAAUUGAAACAAAACGCAAAAAGUGCAACUCUUUCAACUAACUAAAUUCAAUUUAAAAAAAAAAUCAGUUAAAACUGAAUCUCGAAUAACGGAAAAAUGGUUUUGUGUCAAGCAAUUCGUGCAUCUUCAACGGUUGGCAUUAGAGCAUUCGCCAAAUUUGCAAAAUACAAUGCAUCCACAAAGUUCAUGUCAAAUGUAAGACAUUUCAGUGCAUCGCCGGCACUUUUCACAGGUAGAAAAUACACGGAGAAGCAUGAAUGGGUUCAGGUGAAUGGCGAUAUCGGUAUUGUUGGAAUUUCAAACUAUGCUCAAGAGGCUCUCGGUGAUGUUGUGUUUGCACAAUUGCCUGAUGUGGGUACAGUUUUGACACAGGGUGACGAAUGUGGUGCACUGGAAAGUGUUAAAGCAGCCAGUGAGGUAUAUACACCGGUUUCGGGAACCGUCACCGAAAAGAAUACAGAAGUCGAAGAUACACCUAGCCUUAUCAAUAGCUCAUGCUACGAUAAAGGAUGGCUGUUCAAAGUAAAACUCAGCAAACAAGAUGAAGUCGAUACAUUAAUGAAUGAAGAAAAAUACGACGAAUAUCUAAAGUCAUCAUCACAUUAAAGCAUUAAUUGAAACACAAAUGAAAGGAUCCGUAAAAAAUAAACAAUGCUAGAUCGUAAACGAUUAUCACAAUCGUAAAACGAUUAAAAAUCGAUCAUGAAUGCAUGAGUUUUUGUUUCUUCUUUUAA